AUGUCUAUUCGAAGGUACAAACGAUUUCUAAUCUUGGUGACUAUUGUCCUCGUAUGUUUGAUUGCCGGUGAUUUAUUUAAGAAUUCUGGACAUGUCGUGAAUAUUGUUGGUUUACGAGCAGAUCAAGGGAAUAUCCAUAAAAAUAAAGAGGACCCUGUCAUUGAAGCUUUGCUAAAAAAAAAAACUCUCACUGACGACGAAGAGGUUGAAGUGAUUCACCAUUUCGGCUUUAAUCCUUACGAAAUAAAGUCUAUCUCAGCAGAGACAUUGUUUCAAUUACAUCGAACUAAAGAAAUCGAUAUAGGUGAGGAUUAUCUUGAUUGGGGUAAAGUGGCAUACGUUCAAUAUGCCACCGAUCUUGAUCACGUGUGCCCAGCAGUAAUCAACUUCAAUCGUUUGAGACAACUUGGUGCCAAGGCUGACUUUCUGUUUCUUUAUGCUGGUAACCAAUCCGAAGUGAAUAAUGAAAGCGAAAAAGAGAUGUUGAAGAAAAUCGAGAGUACAGGAGCUACCAUCAAGUAUGUCAAGCCAAUUGAAUUACCUUCCGAAUCUUCGUAUUGGGAGAAGAGCUUCACCAAGUUGUACAGUUUUUCAUUGACUGAGUACGACAGAGUUGUAUUUUUCGAUUCGGAUUCACUCGUUCUCAAAAGCAUGGACGAGUUAUUUACCCUCCCAGACUCCGUAUUGGCUAUGCCCGUCAAUUAUAUCAACUUUCGAGACUUUGAUAAACUGAAAUUGAAACUGGAGGGUGCAAUUGAAACACCUUAUGAUAGAGCCAACGAAUUAUCUGACUACUACGCUGAAAUUAUAGAGCCCGAGACUGGAUAUGAUGACAUUGAAUGGCUCAUGAAGAUAGUGUAUGCUUCGUUACCUUCUUUGAAUCUAUCUAUCAAAUUACUAAAGUCGUACGGACUACAGUAUCAACUAGCAAGUUAUAUUAUGGUGAUUCAUCCUAAUAAAGAUGUUUUUAACAGCUUGAUGGAGGCACUUAAUCACCGCAAGAAAAACGAGUACGAUAUGGAUGUCUUGAAUAACGUAUUCAACUUGGAAAAGAUCGCACGAACGCAUAAAAACUAUUAUAGCUUGGGAGAUCAGUCUUAUAUUCCGUUGAUUCAAGUUAUUCCUCAUAAUCCUUAUGCUUUGCUCUCUGGAGAAUUACGAAAGUUCCAUCGAUCCCAUGACUGCUAUCUUGCCGACCCCAUCAAUCUUCCGGAAAUCGGUUACGACUACCCAGAAUUGAAGAAUCCUGGUGUAAAAACCUCUCCAAUUGGUUAUCUCCAGGAUGAAGAAUCAGAGAGCACGACCCAUCUAGAAAUACCAUAUUGGUCAUGGUAUUGGGACAAGCAAGUGACUACGUAUGGAUGGAGCAGUAAUGUGGUGCUUGGAGAUGCUAAACUAGUGCACUUCUCAGAUGCUCCACUACCUAAACCGUGGACACCGAUACCUGAUAUCAGAAACAAACUUGCUUUGGAUGCGCAGAUUCAAUGUGAAAAGGUUACAGGGGGUAAUAAGCUAGGCUGCGAGAAGGAGGUGAACCAAUGGGUAGCACUCUACGAUAAGUACUCGCAAUUAGCACAACAAUAUUGUUAA